AGGCUCCAGCAGCAAAGUUCCGCCUGUCUUGUUUCCGCUACAGUCAGGAAGGCCACUGCUGCAGAUUUCUAUUUGUUUUUUAUUUAUUAUUUUUGCUUUAAAUUCAGUUUACUUCGACUGGAGAAUGGCUUCGUUGACUGUCACUGCCACAUAUCAGCGUGCGACUUUGAAGAGGAUCUAGAAGAUGUGAUCCAGAGGAGCAAAGAGGCUGGAGUCCAGACUCUGGUGGCCGUCACAGAGGAGGUCGGUGAGUUUGACAGAGUUCUACAGCUGCAGGAACGGUAUCCAGCUCUGGUGGCGCCGUGUUUGGGCCUCCACCCCCUGCAGGCCGGUGGGAGUCGCAGCGUGACCCUGCAGGAUCUGGAACCCGCUCUGCCGCUGUUCCACAAACACAGAGACAGACUCGUCGCUAUUGGAGAGGUCGGGCUGGACUUCACGCCGUGGUGCGCGGCCGAGCAGGACAGAGACGAGCAGAUCGCCGUCUUCGUCAGACAGCUCGACAUCGCCAAGGAGCUCGAUCUGCCUGUGAACGUCCACUCGCGGUCAGCUGCUAAGGUUACCAUAGCAACCAUGCGAGAGCGAGGCGUCAGCCGCGCUCUGCUGCACAACUUCGCUGGGAGGCCGUCCGUGGCUCUGGAGGGCGUGAAGGCGGGUUACUUCUUCUCCUUUCCCCCAGCGGUCUGCAGGAACCAGCAGAGAGCCAAGCUGAUCAAGCAGAUCCCGCUGGAGCACAUCUGCCUGGAGACGGACUCUCCUGCACUGGGGCCCGAAAAACAUGUGAGGAACGAGCCCGCCAACAUCCUUCUGUCCUGCCGGUACAUUGCCGAGGUCAAAGGCCUGCCGCUGCAAACUGUUCAGCACGUCACCACGCAGAACGCUUACAGACUCUUUACUAAGGCUAACACACACACACACACACACACACAACACACACACCUUUGUCAGAGGGUCAACAGGUGUGACACAGACCUCUCAGAAACACCCACAAGGAUCAACAAAUGAUGAAUGAAUGAAUGAAAGUGUCGGCUACACAAAUACAAGCGAAUGGAUGAUGACUGCAGUUCUGUUGUUGUGUGAAAUAAAACACUGACUGCUGAA